AUGGCUGCUCGAGCUUUUUACCAAUACAUUUCGAGACGCACUUCGACCUUCACCCUCGCAAUAGUUGUAGGAUCUAUGUUCUUCGAGAGGUUCUACGAUCACAUGUGCGAGGCCAUAUUCGAGAAGUAUAACGAAGGAAGGCUCUGGAUGCACAUUAAGGACAAUUACGAAUCUUCCGGAGAGAAAGAGAGAAAGGCGAAAAAGAAAAUUAAGAGCGAGCUGAAGGCCAAGAAAAUGGACACAUCCGAAAUGGGCGAAAUAGGACAACUGGAAGAGGACGAUUGA